CAAGGAAAUCACCAUGGCUGAACCGGGCGUCUCUAUGACAGCAGCUGGUCCUGCAUCGCACGUCGAUCUGGUCCCUCUCCUCGCCCAGCUGGAGGAGGAGAGAGCCCUUUCUGAGAACAUCCGCACGAAAGCCAAGGACAUCGAAGCUGUUCAGCGUCAACUCCAAGCAGGGUUGAAUCGUGUGCAUUCCACGCCGGCUGAGCAAGUCCCGCAACUGGUCUUCUCCCUCUCCCCCCUCUUCACGCAACUUCGCUCCCAAAUCCACUCCGUAGCCGCCCUAGUCCCGGCCAACCAAUUCUACAAGUGGAACGACUGCUGGUCCUUCUCCCUCCAACGAAGCUCGUACUGCGCUUGUCUGGCCUACUGGCUCACAACGGGUCGACUCAUCACCAAAGAACAGGCUGCACAACUACUCGGACUGGACGCUCAGUCGUCGCCAGAGAACGUAGGGAGGAUGGAACUGACUACGGAAGAGUACCUCCAUUCCCUCAUUAGUAUGAUCAACGAUUUUUCCCGCCUGGCAGUAAAUGCCGUAACGAUGGCCGACUUUGCCACCCCGCUCAGGUUGAGCGAGUUUGUCAAGGAGCUCCAUGCAGGGUUUGGGGUCUUGAACCUCAAGAAUGACUCGUUGAGGAAACGAUUUGAUUCCAUCAAGUACGACGUGAAACGAGUCGAGGAGAUCGUGUACGAUGUCUCGCUGCGUGGACUGCUCAAGGACCGCUCGCCCGAAUGGGACCAGAGGGGGUUGGGCGUCAUUGUCGACGAGGAGCGGCGCGCACAGGUGUGGGCCGCUCUGUGUGGGACGGGCAAGGACGAGAGGUGAGGACGCCAAGGCUGUACUGUACGCCCUCUGGGACGCGGACGCUGAUAGACGCCAGGUCAAGCGUGCACGCCACGAGUAGACGCUUCAUGAAUAUGAAUGACAUGCGCACGCACCCUCCCACGCGGCUACCUGCGCUUCUUCUUGCUCUUGCCCUUGCCACCCUCAUCGCUCUCGUAGCCUCCUUUGCGCUGAUCAGCCCUCGCGGCCUUCUUCUCCAUCUCAUCCCAAUCCAUCCCUUCACUCUCAUCGCUGUCCAACCCAGCAUCGCUCCCCGACCCACUCUCAGAUCCACUCUCAUCAAAGUCACUUCCACCAUCAUCGUCGUCUUCAUCCUCGCUAUCCUCACUACUCUCAGCAUCAAACGCAUCACUCUCCUCAUACGCGCUUCCUUCCUCGCUCUCCUCAUCGCUGCUCCCA